AUGGCUGAGAAUGUCUCAUCUCCAUCCCAAAAACCCCUGCAACCUCCAAACCCCAAUAGCAUUGAAGCCUCAACAGCAGCAGCCUCCCCAAACAUUAUAAUCACCCAAAACCAAAACCCAUCAAACUCAGCAGCCUCAAACCCAGCAAUCCCAUCUCCCCAAAUCUCAUCCCCGCCCCUCCCUCCUCUCCCCUCCAUCUCCCUCCCACAAAACCAACAGCUCCUCUCCCCCACCGUCGGAUUGGACUACACCCAGAAACCCAAUCCCCAAUCACAGCCGUUGGUUCAGCAACAGAAUGUAAUGUCGAAUUUCCAGCUGCAGCAGAGCAUGCAGCGAUCGCCGUCCAUGUCGCGGCUGAACCAGAUUCAGCAGCAGAACCAGAGCCAGCAGCAGCAGCAUUUCGGUAUGAUGAGGCAGCAGCAGGCCAACUUGUAUGGCCAGCAGGUCAGUUUCGGAGGCUCCGGCGGAAUUCAGCAGUCCAAUCAGCAGCAACAGCAGAACCAGACGCAGCAGCAGCAGCAAAUUGGCGGGGGCAGCUUGUCCCGAGCUGCCCUGCUCAGCCAGAGCGGCCAACUGCCAAUGCUGUCUGGUGCUGCUGCCACGGCUGCGCAGUUCAAUAUGCAGCCGCAGUUGUUGGCUUCGCCACGACAAAAAAGCGGGUUAGUCCAAGGUACGCAAUUUAAUUCUCCUGGACAAUCUCUACAAGGAACACAAGCCAUGGGUAUGGGGAUGAUGGGAUCCAUCAAUUUGACCUCACAGCUAAGAGCUAAUGGAGCCCUAGCUUAUGCUCAACAACGACUGAACCAGGGCGGCCAACUUAGACAACAAUUGUCCCAGCAAAGUUCACUCGCCUCUCCGCAGGUAUUACAUCUGCAGAACUUGCCAAGAACAUCCUCACUUGCAUUUAUGAACCCUCAGCUAUCUGGGCUGGCUCAGAACGGACAGCCAGCUAUGAUGCAGAAUUCUUUAUCACAACAGUGGUUGAAGCAAAUGCCAGCAAUUUCAGGCCCUGGCUCACCUUCAUACCGCCUUCAGCAACAGAGACAGCAGGCUAUCUUCCAGCAGCAACUGGCUUCAUCCACUCAGUUGCAUCAAAAGUCCUUGUCGAUGAACCAGCAACAGUUAUCCCAGAUUGUACAGCAACAGCAGCAGCAACAACAGUUGGGGCUUCCACAGCUGCAGCAUCAACAACAGCAGCAACAUCAACAGCAAAUACAGCAGCCACUACAACAACAAUCACAGCAACAACAGCCUUUCAAUCAGCAGCAGCAGCAGCCGCAGCAGAAUUCCCCAAGGAUGCCUGUACCGGCAGGCCAGAAAUCUCUUAGUUUAACAGGAUCACAGCCUGAUGCUACUGCAUCUGGUACAACUACACCAGGAGGGAGUUCAAGCCAAGGGACAGAAGCAACCAACCAACUUCUUGGGAAGAGAAAAAUGCAAGAUUUAGUCUCACAGGUUGAUUCACAGGGAAGGUUGGAUUCUGAAGUUGAAGAUCUUCUUUUGGAGAUUGCAGAUGACUUCAUUGAUUCGGUGACUACAUUUGCAUGUAGUUUGGCAAAGCAUAGAAAAUCUUCAACUUUAGAGUCCAAGGAUGUGUUGCUACACUUAGAGAAAAAUUGGCAUUUGACAAUUCCCGGAUUUUCAAGUGAAGAGAGGAAGUACCAAAACAAAUCUUUGUCAAGUGAUGUACAUAAGAAACGUUUAGAUAUGAUACGGAUGCUGAUGGAAUCAUCACAACCAGAAACAAAUACUAAUAAUCCUAAGGAGGUGAUCAGAGGGUAUGGUAACCCUGUUGGUGCCAACCACUUGAUAAGACCUUCCCUUGGUGGAGAACAGUUGGUUUCCCAAGCAACUGGUUCUCAGAUGCUGCAGCAGAUGACACGGUUUUAGUAUAUAUCAGUUAUCAGUUUUUAUUGGGAUUUCCGUGCUGAUUUAAGUGCCUAGAUAUGUUGGUUGUUAGCAAAAAGCUGGAGCUGUAUUUGGAUUGAUAAAAGCACAAUCUGUAAAUUACUUGUGUAAGCAAUGAGAAAUAUUCAUAGGCCAAUGGAGAGGAGCAUAAGGCCGAAGUCUCAGCAUAGUAUAGUUUUGGUUGGGUUCUCUUAUUGAAGCUUUUUCCUUUGGUUGUUAUUUUUAUGGUAAGAAACAAAGAAUUGGCUGGGCAGAUGGUAUUGUAUACUAAUUUAUUUAAUUUCUUGGGUGAUUUUGUAUGCAAAUUUGCUGAGCCCAAGUGUAUCAAUCCUAAAAAGUGAAACACUAUGAAGUUUACUGAUUCAGAUUUCAUAUCCUUG